CUCCCUCUCCCUCUCUCUCUCUCUCUCUCUCUCUCUCUCUCUCUCCUCACACGAAGAGCAAGUUGCAACAGGAACUCAACUUCUUAAAUCUCAUCUCGGAGACCUGCAUCCCAAAGCGGUGCAAUCAGCUCUGAAGCCCGGCGCGACGGAGCAGAUCUCUGGACGUGUUUUACAAUGGGUCCGGAUCUCGCGUUACGAUCCAUCGGAGGAGGAAAGCUCAAGUUUACGCUAAACGCGUUACGCUAGACGAUCCGCGCUGCAGAUGGAUGUUCAGAGACGUGCACCGGUUUAUCCGACAGUUUAUGAGAACGCUCGCAACGCGUCGUUUGCAAGUUUAGCGCGAUGUGGAAACGCGAGGCUUGUUUUUGACUUCUGCCCACGAUCCGACGGUUCGGCUGACCUUUACGUAACUAUGAUUUAACUGAAGGCGCGUUCGUCUGCGAUCUUGCCCGCGAGCAUCAUCCGUGGAAAGCACCUGGAGGACUCCAUCAGCGGCUACAGCAUCACCAAUGGCGUGAUCAUCCGGUUCACUGUCUUUGCAAUGGAUGAUAAAUCCAACAAACUCCUUUUAGUUCCCGUUUUGACCGUUUUGUUUGUCAUGAUCGGCUAUCAGUACAUCUGUCCAGCGGGGAGCACGUCUUGUCGGUUCGGCAACGGAGAGAGUUUCCCGUUCUCGGUGUAUCCGGCAGACGUCAAGAGAGAGUCUCCGGAUUCGGACGAGGACGCCCCGUUCAGAUUCCCGUCCAAAUUCAACUUCACGCGCGAGGACCUCUAUCGCCACGUGGAUUUCGACAUCAAGGGGAACGACGUGAUCGUGUUCCUCCACAUCCAGAAGACCGGAGGAACGACGUUCGGGAGGCACCUGGUGCGCAACAUCCACCUGGAGCGACCGUGCGACUGCCGCUCCGGACAGAAGAAGUGCACGUGUCACCGGCCCGGUAAAGCGGAGUCGUGGCUCUUCUCGCGCUUCUCCACGGGAUGGAGUUGCGGUCUCCACGCGGACUGGACCGAGCUCACGAACUGCGUCCCCGCUGUGAUGAAUAAAAAGCAAAAGAAAGACGCGCCAUUGAACAGGCGGAACUUCUACUACAUCACCAUGCUGCGAGACCCUGUGUCACGUUACCUGAGCGAAUGGAAGCACGUGCAGCGCGGUGCCACCUGGAAGACUUCGCUUCACAUGUGUGACGGCCGGUCGCCCACACAGGACGAACUGCCCACCUGCUAUAACGGAGACGACUGGUCGGGGGUCACCCUGCAUGAGUUCAUGGACUGCCCUUCAAACCUGGCCAACAACCGGCAGGUGCGUAUGCUGGCCGAUCUCAGCCUGGUGGGCUGCUACAACCUCUCCACCAUGAACGAGAGCGAGCGCAACCCUAUUCUCCUGGCCAGCGCCAAGAGCAACCUGAAGAACAUGGCUUUCUACGGCCUGACCGAGUUUCAGCGCAAGACGCAAUACCUGUUCGAGCGCACUUUCCGCCUGCAGUUCAUUUCCGCCUUCACGCAGAUCAACAGCACGCGUGCCGCCAACGUUGAGCUGCGUGACGACAUGCGCAGACGCAUUGAGCUGCUCAAUUUCCUGGAUAUGCAGUUGUACGAGUUCGCCAAGGAACUUUUCCUGCAGAGAUACCAGUUCAUCCGUCAGCGUGAGCGGCAGGAGGAGAGGUUGAAGAGGCGAGAAGAGAGACGCUGGCUCAGGGAGCGCAGAGUCAACCAGAACAAACAGCCCGGUGUGGAAAACCAACCUCAGGUCACCACAACCGAGGACUAUGCCAGCCAAGUGGUCCAUUGGUGAUACCUCUUGGAAACGUGCACUAGAACACAGAGAACAUAAUGGAUCACUUGAGGAAGAGUAGGGCACAGUUUGGGCUCUGUCUAGCACUCUAACGAGGGUUUUUUUUAGUCAUGAAGCCUGUUGCACUGCAAAAAAAGCAUUGCCUUGAGCAGUAUUUUUGAAAGAUUUCCAGGGGGGAAAAAUAAUAUCAGUUACAUAAGAAGUAAAGUAAAAUAAAUAAGUAAAAAAAAUCACACUUAGAUUUAUUUUCAACAUUAAAAUUACUUUUACUGCUUAAAUCAACACAUACAUGCACAAAUUAACAUACGUGAACUCUUAUUUGAAGAUACAAUAACUUAAUUUUGGGUUGGUACUUUUUAAAAUGUUUUUAAAGGCUGUCAUCAGUAAACCAGCUCCUUCUUCAGAACUACAGUAAAAGCAGCAAUUUUGUGAAAUAACAUAAUAACAAUAAUUUUCUAUUUAGAUAUAUUCCUGUAAAAGCCGAAUAUCAACCGCCAUUACUUUUGUCUUGAUCCUUCAGAAAUCAUGUGCAAAUCUGGUGCUCAAGAAACAUUCCUGGUACUGUCAAUGUUGAAAACAACUGUGCAGCUUAAUAUCAUUGUGUUUUUUUAAUUCUUUCAUUUAUAUAAAAUUCAAAAGAGCAGUAUUAAUUCGAAACAGACUAGAAAUAGAAUUUUGUAACAUUAUAAACAUCUUGUCUCUUUUGAUUCAUUUACUGGGUCCUUGCUGAAUAAGUAUUAAUAAGUAUUAAUUUCAUUUAACAUUAACAUUUGAAAAUUCAACGAGAAGUGUUGAUCAUUUGCUUUGCACAAUAUGUAUUAGAUGAAAUAGAGCUGUCAUUGUGCACGGUGCAACUACAGAUCCAUUUUCAGUAAUUAACAUUUUUACAUUAAUUGCAUUCAGCACUCACAUUUAGUUUGAUAUUUUUACUGUAAAACACGGCAAAAAUACUGCUUAAGAAAAUCAUUUUUGCAGUGUGUGUGCACAUUUUUUUUUCUGCAGAUUCCUUGCAGAAUGCAGGAUCUGUGCUCAUUCGCCAAGCAACCUCCACCGUCUUUGUGAAGGAUCAACAAACCCCACACCACAGAGUUAUAGAAAGCUAUAGCCCUGAAAAAGUGAAGGGAGCACACUUAAGAUGUGUUCUUGCUUUCAAAAUCACUAGGCAGUGGAUGAAGUAAAAUGUUGACAAGUUUUUAAUGCUCAGGCCUUUUGCCAGUAAAGAUUCUCAGUAGACUCUCUCUCUCUCUCUCUCUCUCUCUCUCUCUCUCUCUCUCUCUCUUUUUUUUUUUUAAGGAGCAAGCUUGCAGCAUGGAGACAGUUUGUACUGAGAAUCUCUAGUCUCUAGUAGUUUCUCAAUGAUAUGUCGUACAAUUCAGGGUUAGCAGAUUCCCUCACAACAAGAGCCUCAUCUGUGACACAGUAGCAGAGACUUGUUGCUACCGUAAACACUACAUGGUAUUUAAAAUGCUUUUUCUUCAUUGUUUUGUCAAGUAUUAUUUAUUGGUGUAUGAGUUGCACAAGAAGAACGUUAAAAAAAUAAAUUAAAUGCAAUGCAAGUAAAAGUAUAAACUAAACAGACAGAGUUGAGAGAUUAUGUAUAUAAUGAAUGCAAAAAAAGAAAAAAGUUAAAAAUAGCACAGUUGGAAUGUGAAAACACUUCAUGUAUGUACGUCCCCUAAAGGUGAAAAAUUCACAUCACACAAAAAAAACAAAAAAGAUUGCACACAGUUGUUCAAAGUUCAAUUUCUUGUCUCAUUAGUUCACAUCUGACCUAAAAUAGAGCAGCAUAAAGACUUUAGGAUUAUUUGAAAACAGGAUUAAUCAAAUACAAAAUGCAUUAUGCAGCAAGAGAAGUAUGUUUUUUUCAGGAAGAUUGAAUGAAUGGCUGAGUAUUUUGUUUCUUCUCCAGUGCUGUUUCACACAUUUCUGUAGUCCGUCCACCCUAAAACUUUCUGAAGCCAGAACGUCCAAGUCACAGGGAAUGAAGCGCUUGUGGUCUUUACGUCCUUAAACCAUCGGCGCUUUAAAAGCAGAUCUUUUUCUGGUCUGUGCUUUGUGGCACCUUUUAAAAACUAGAUCCACAGAUGCUGUGUGCAAAUGAAUAAAAGAUACGAACCCUGCUGAUGCAAAUCACAUCUGGAAAAAACGUUUUCUAUCUCCAAAAGCAAAUAAACGAUCUUUAUUGCUCAUUGUGGUUAUGGAGAACAUGGGAAUGCUAGCUUUAAAGAUCAAAGUUUUGGAAUGCAGUACCAGAAAUGUAUGAUUGCAGACCAAAAAAAGACUAGAAGUUUACUGUUUUUGAAGUUUUGUUUUCUUUUUACAUGUUGUUUUAUAUGUUUUAACUUGAAUCUGUGCUGCUAAAUGUUUUUUUCUAAUUUGAGCCUUUGUGUGAGGCCAGAAGACCUGAGGUUAUGUACCAAUGCAAGUUUGUGUGUAUUUGUAUGUGUGUGUGUGUUCUGAAAUGAAUAUAAGUGUUGCAAUGUGAUUUAAUUGCUUUAUUCACUUAAGUGCAAUAUGAUAUUAAACAUAACCCCUUAUGGGAAAUACAGAUGUUAAUAAGUCUGUACAUUUCGCUGUUUUGGCUUGUUCGAUAAAUAUUGCUUUUAUUUUAGCCCCAAUAUUGUUAAUAUUGUUCAUACAAUUACAUAAAGUAAAAUAACAAAUACCACAAGGACAAUUUGACGAUAAAAGCGAUGCUCAAAUACCUAAAAUUCGUAAUUAUGUUGAUCACAGGCCGAAACAUUAAGCAUUUGUUCAUGCUGCAUGUUUCACGUUUCGAUUAAGUGUCAGUUCUGCUCAGAGGUCAGAGGUCAUUUGUUUGCAGGUGCCAUUUGGUGUGAUAUUUUGUAUCUAACAUAAUUGUAUUUUUUAAAGAAAGCGUGGGUUAAGUGUCCAAAUGGGGAAAAAUCUCUGUUACUGUGAUUCAACCACUAGAGGGCAGACAAACUCCACCAAUGUUUUACUGUUUCUCAUUCUUUACACAGGGUUAAGAAUAUUGUGUAUGAACAACUUGAAAAUUGCAUUGAUUUUUUUACAUUCCAUUUAAGUAUUUACCUUUUUUUAAAAUGUUAUACAUCCAAGCAAUUUUUGCAUGUUUAAAAAAAUAAUGUCCACUUACACAAGAUAAUGUCGUCUUUAUUUAUUUAUUUAUUAAUUCUAUGCCAUGGCGGUCCCCUCUACUGACCAGCCCUAAUGCUCGCUUUACCUCAGUACUAUUGGUUGUAGAAUAUCUUAUAUAUAUUUUUAUCUUGUG